AUGAAGGACGAGAAAGGAGAGGUUACAAGUCAGAAACAAAAAUUAGAGAUGGAUAGCAUCAGUUCCCCUAUAUUCCCAGCAUGUGAGUUGUCUCCACAAGAAACAAAGGAACUUAUGCUACAGUGUUUGGCCAGUCCAAUCCCAGAGGAGUGUGGCAGGGAUAUGAAGCAAUCUCUCAAAAAGAUUAUUUGUUUUUUUUGGUAUUCCCCAGACGAAAUUGAACACAAAGUGUCAAUGUUUCGUAAGAUGCUGAUGGAAAAAGAGGGAGUCAACGAGUCAGUGAAUGAACAAUCUCUAAGGGCCAAAGAAGCUCAUUGUACAUCAGACAACAGCUAUGAUAAAAACUUCAAACAGCAUGAAUCGUUUCGCCUUCACGAAUACAAUGCGUCUAACAGCGCCAUAUGCUUGGACCGAAAGCUGAGAGAACACCAAGGCCAAACAGCUAUAACAGUUCAUAAAAAAUACAGUAUCUCUCGAGAAUCCAGUGUGUCGUCAGGGUCUGCAUCUCCACAGCACAGGUGUAAAAGAAAAUCAAGGAACGAAAGAAAGAAACAAACAAAGGAGAAAAUAUCGUAUUAA